CGCUCGCCGCCACCAAGGCCAAGGCGGCCGCACUCAAGACUGCCACCGAGGCGGCGGGCCGGCGCGGCGCCGCCAUCGCCCGCUCCGCAAUCCUCGCACGCGCCGCUAAGGCCAAGGCGACGAACGCGCUAGUGGACCGGGCCGCCAUCCGACGGGGCGCCUCCCGCGCGGCUAAGAGCACGCGCCUCGGCCGCAAGGCGCUCUGCGCGCAGGCCGCUUCGGGCCGCCGGGCCGCGGGCCUCGUCGCGAGGGCGGCCAAGGCAGGCACGAAGGAGCGCGCCGCCGCGUUCAAGGCUAAGCGCGAGGCCAUGGACGCCGCCCGCGCGGAACGCGGCCACGCCCUGCACCGCCGCACCCUCGCUGCACAUGCGGCUGCCGCAACGCUCCUCGCGCGGAAGGCGUCCGCCCCCACGACUCGCCGCAAGAACCUGCCCUCGUACGAGCGGCGGGCGGCCAAGGCCGAGUCCGCCGCCAAGCCGUCGUGCUCG